AUGGCCGACGACAAACCCAACUGCAAAGUCAUCCUCGCCAACAACAUCGCCAAAGGCCUUCUUGACGAGGUGCGCGAGGGCUUGGCCAAAAUCGGACGCAAGCCACUCCUCGUCGGAUUUCUAUCCAGCGCCGAUCCCGCUGCGCGAGUCUACGCAGAAUGGACGGGCAAAACCUGUGUUGAAAAUGGCUUCUCCUUCUCCCUCCGCGAAACCGACCGCGACCAGCUCGAAGACGCACUCCUCGACGCCAACGCCGACCCCGCCGUCGACGGCAUAAUAGUCUACUACCCCAUCUUCGGCUCGCGCCAAGACCAAUACCUGCAGCAAAUCGUCUCCAUCGACAAGGACGUCGAGGGCCUCUCGCACCGCUACAUUUUCAACAUGUACCAAAACAUCCGCUUCCUCGACGAGCCCUCCAACACGAAAAAAUCAAUCCUGCCCUGCACCCCGCUGGCCGUCAUCAAGAUCCUCGAGUACCUCCGCAUUUACAAUACCAUCCUGCCGUAUGGCAAUCGCCUGCACGGACGCACGAUUACGGUUAUCAAUCGCAGUGAGGUCGUCGGCAGGCCGUUGGCUGCGCUGCUGGCGAAUGAUGGCGCCCAGGUGUACAGUGUUGAUAUCAACGAUGUGCAGGAAUUCACGCGCGGUGUCGGCUUGCGCAAGAGGCGGCAUGAGGUUGUCGAGAAGCCCGGCUGGACGCUCAAGGAUUGUCUGCCGCUCAGCGACGUUGUGAUUAGCGGCGUCCCCGGCGACAAGUACAAGGUCCCGCUGGAGCUCAUGCGCGAUGGUGCUGCUUGCAUCAAUUUCUCCAGUGAGAGGAAUUUCACUCCAGAGGUCAAGGAGAAGGCUUCCAUUUAUGUUCCCGCAAUUGGAAAGGUUACCAUUGCUGUCUUGCUGAGGAACUUGCUGCGUCUUGCUCAAAACAAGAUUGAUGCCGCUGCUCAAGGCGUAGAGGAAAAGUCCUCAGCAGAGCCAGUCGUCAAAUCGACAGUCUAG